AGCGGACACGUUUUCUUUGGUCUCCGGUCCACCACACAUUGAGGUCUUCUUUUUCUUGGGGGGUAUUCCUCAAUGUCUUUCUUGGGUGGCUUACUGUUGUACCACACUAACGGAGAAAUUUGAGGCGUUAAUGGGGGCAAGAAAGCCUUCGAGGUACCGGAGUUCAUGGGAAGCUUCUCCUUUGCUACAAAAAGUGGGUUCCUUAAGGUCUUUAGUAGAGAUCUAAAUCAUAUAUUCCUCCUGCCCUCUCUUUUGAUGGCCUGAAAGCAAAAGGAAUUGGAUUGGGCGCAGAAAUCCCAAUCUACGUAGAGCUUUUGGAGUUCAGGCCCUCAUAUUUGUUCCACACUCAAAGAUUCUUCAAUUGAUAGGAUGAAGAAAAAGAAGAAGCAAAAGGGUUUAAUCAAUAGUGCUGCCAUGAGGACUUGGACCAGUCCUCUUCUUCUUCUUUUCUGUGCAAUUUUGUGCUUCAAUUCGGCGGUUUUGGGCGACACCGACCCAAAUGACAUGGCCAUCCUCGACGAAUUCCGCAAGGGAUUGGACAAUCCAGAGCUCCUGAAAUGGCCGGCCAACAGCACGGACCCCUGCGGCGAGAAGUGGGAACAUGUCUUCUGUGAUGGUUCUCGGGUGUCGCAGAUCCAGGUGGCGAAUCUUGGACUGAGUGGUUCUCUCCCCCAAGAUUUAAAUAAGCUCGAGAUGCUCAGCAAUGUUGGCUUUCAAAGAAACAAUUUCGUUGGAAAAUUGCCAUCUUUCAGCGGGCUGUCCAACUUACAGUAUGCCUAUUUCAGCGGCAAUCAGUUCGACACCAUUCCCUCGGAUUUCUUCGUCGGCCUCACCAAUUUGCAGGUCAUGUCUUUGGAUGAGAACCCUUUGAAUCAGAGCACCGGCUGGAGGGUGCCUCAGGAGUUGGCAAAUUCAGUUCAGCUGAUGAAUCUCACAUUGAUGAAUUGUAGUCUUGUCGGUCGGCUGCCGGACUUCUUGGGGACGUUGUCUAACCUGAAAGUUUUGGAGCUGUCCUACAACAGUCUCUCAGGUGAGAUCCCAGCAAAUUUCGCUGGGUCGAACCUGCAAAUUCUGUGGCUCAACAACCAGAAUGGGCCGGGGUUCAGUGGCUCCAUCAAUGUCAUCGCCUCCAUGACCAUGCUCACCGAUGUUUGGCUUCAUGGGAAUGGCUUCACCGGCCCAAUCCCGACCGAGAUUGGGGCCUGUACUUCGUUGCAGCAGCUGUCGCUCAAUGGCAACCAGCUUGUCGGCCUUAUUCCGGCGAAUCUAACCUCUCUGCCGGAGCUCGGGUCGCUGAAAUUGGAUAACAAUUUUUUCAUGGGCCCUAUUCCAAAUGUGAAAUUCAAUUUCAGUUACUCCCAGAAUUUAUUUUGCCAGUCCACUCCCGGACUUCCUUGCUCACCUGAAGUCACUGCACUUCUGGAGUUCCUCGAAGGUGUGAAUUACCCGCUGAAUCUCGCUAAAUCAUGGUCUGGUAAUGAUCCUUGCUCUGGCUGGUUGGGGAUAUCCUGCUCUGCUAAUAAGGUGUCAGACAUACAUCUGGCUAACUUUCAAUUGGAUGGCACGAUCAGCCCUUCCCUUGGUGAAUUAGAUUCUCUUACCAACAUCAGACUUAAUGGAAACAAUCUUACUGGCACAAUUCCUCAAAACUUAACAAGCUUGAAAUCCCUACAAAUGUUGAAUCUUUCUUCAAACAAUCUCUCUCCUCCUGUUCCAAAGUUCGGUAAUGGUGUGACAGUACUUGUUGAUGGGAAUCCAUUAUUUAAAUCUUCUAAUUCUUCAGGUUCUCCAUCUGGCAAUGGCUCCCCACCGGCUCCCGGUGGUUCAUCUUCCUCUCCUAGUGGUGGGGGAUCUGGAUCUACUACUGGCUCAAAAAAUUCAAAGAAGGUGAAUGUUCUGAUAAUUGCUGUCCCAAUUGGAGUUGGUGUUUCGGUCGUAGGACUAGUCUCUCUACUUUUGUUCUGCCGUCGGAAGAGGAAAAAGAGUGCUUUUACAGUACCGAAUUCAAUUGUUAUCCACCCUAGAGACCCAUCUGAUGUUGACAACAUGGUCAAGAUUGUGGUUGCAAAUAAUGCCAGCAACAGCAUAGCUGGUAGUGAUCUUCAGAGUGGAGAGGAUGGUGGUGUGAGCAAACUUAAUGUGUUCGAAGGAGGGAACUUUGUAAUAUCAGUGCAAGUUCUUCGUAAUGCAACUCGAAAUUUUGCCCCAGAAAAUGUGGUUGGAAAGGGUGGAUUUGGGGUAGUUUACAAAGGAGAACUGCAUGAUGGAACGAUGAUAGCAGUUAAGAGGAUGGAGGCUGCUGUUUUGAGUAACAAGGCUUUAGAUGAAUUCCAGGCAGAAAUUGCAGUUCUUACGAAGGUCCGGCACCGUAAUUUAGUAUCCAUAUUGGGUUAUUGUGUGGAAGGCAAUGAGAGGCUUCUAGUUUAUGAGUACAUGCCACAAGGAGCUUUGAGCCAGCAUCUUUUUCAGUGGAAGCAGCACAAUUUGGAGCCAUUGUCUUGGAAAAAGAGGCUUAAUAUUGCACUGGAUGUUGCACGUGGGAUGGAGUAUCUUCAUAGCUUGGCUCAUCAGUGCUUCAUCCACAGAGACCUUAAGUCAUCAAAUAUACUCCUUAGUGAUGACUACAGGGCAAAAGUUGCUGAUUUUGGGCUUGUUAAGCUUGCACCUGAUGGAAAGAAUUCUGUAGCGACUAGGCUUGCAGGAACAUUUGGAUAUCUAGCUCCUGAAUAUGCUGUGACUGGAAAAAUCACAACAAAGGCUGAUGUAUUCAGUUUUGGAGUGGUGCUAAUGGAGCUAGUGACUGGUUUAGCAGCGCUUGAUGAGGGUCGGCCUGAGGAAAGCCGUUAUCUAGCAUCUUGGUUUUGUUACAUGAAAACUACUAAGGAAAAGCUCAAGGAUGCCGUUGACCCAUCGCUUGAUGUCACGGAUGAGGCCUUUGAAAGUAUAUCCAUCAUUGCAGAACUUGCAGGCCAUUGUGUUGCACGAGAACCUCACCAACGGCCUGACAUGGGCUAUGCAGUAAAUGUGCUCGCCCCACUGGUUGACAAAUGGAGGCCCAUGAAAGAUGAUCAAGAAGAAUGUUUGGGCAUUGACUUACGCCAACCCCUCCUUCAAAUGGUAAAAGGAUGGCAAGCUGCUGAUGGCACCACAGAUGCCAGUUCAGUGAGCCUUGAUGACAGUAAGGGAAGCAUUCCGGCCAGGCCUGCUGGAUUUGCGGAGUCCUUCACUUCUGCAGAUGGCCGGUGAAUAAGUUUAGUACGUGUCAUUUGCUUGUUUUCUAAUUUUCAUUGUAGCAAAUCCUUCUUAUCUUAAUUUUCAAUCCAUAUAGAUAGAGAUAUUUGAGAGGUUUCAUGUUUGUGUCAAAGUUUGUGUUUUUUCAGUCUGUUAUGUAAUUGUUAAUGGUGGAUGAAGCUAGAUGUCUCUUGCUAAUGCUAUCCUAUAUCCAAUAUGUGUGUUCAGUGGUGGAUGGAAGUCCUCUUCUGUUUGGUUUGUUUCUCUGAAAAUGGUGUAAAUAGAAAGAGAGAUCAUAAACUUUUGCUGCCU